ACAUUCGCUUCAAGUUCCUGUGGCUGCUGACACUGUGCAGGACACUGAUGGCAUCUGGCAGAAGAUGCUUCGCCCUGGCCAUUCUGCUGGCAAUCGUGGACACCCAGCUUGGUGGGGGCAUGCAGAUCCAAAGCUCAUUUCACCAGGAAGGAAAACAACUACGCUUGAUCUGUACUUUGCAGUAUAAGAAAGAAGAGGCUGAGGGGGUUAUAGUGUUUUCGUGCAAGAACAGAUCUUCUGACUGCUUCCCCGAGACCAGCUUGCAGCAACUGAGAUUUAAACAGAAUCCCGGGAGAGAUGGUGUCAGUGAAAUACCAUCUCCUUUGGUGUGCACCAUAAACCAAAGCACACCAUUGGACAGCGGGACCUACCAGUGUUGUGCCACAAGCCGGAAGCCAGAUAUCCGCCUUCAGGGUCACUUUUUCUCUAUUUUAGUCACAGAGACAGGGAACUGUACAGUGAGAGGCCUGAAACGAACAGGACACCCCAAGUUCAGUCACAGCAAAGGCAUUCUCAGUUCAGGCUUCCUGCAAGAAAACGCCUGGGUGAUGCUGGUCACUAGCCUGGUGACCUUGGCCCUUCAAGGUAUGUUCCAAAGAGUCUUCAGCAGCCCAGGAAAUGAGGGUGCUACACCUUUGACAUCUUGCUUAUCCUCCAGGAGGAGACAGGUAGGGUAGAAAGGAAGCCU